GUUCGAGCGAAGUCGCUUGUUCCCCUCUUCCCGUUGGGCUGGCCGGUGGGGUCUAGCGUUCCCCCUGUUCGUUGGUCCCCGAAGUUCCCAGGCAGGGUCAGUGAAUCUCGUUGAAAAUGUAGGCAUUCGUUCCAGCGCAUGAGCUGCUGCGAGAAAUGAGGAUGGGGAUUUGGAGGGGCAAGGUUGCUUUGCUGUCUGGGUGGGUGAACCGAGGAUUUUUUUUUAGCACUCAAACGUCUGAACCAUUUUAUUCUUGAAGGCUGAAUGAAGAAGGGGGAUUUCAGUUCAGACAGCAUACCACCCACCCACCCACACACACACCGAAACACGAACCGACACGGCGAAGGCAACCACUUACGCUAGCCAGCCUGCUCACUGCCCCUGCUGAUCGCUGAGGUGAGGUGAGUAGCUCUCACUCGUUCGACAGUGGGGAGGGGGUUGGGGUAGCUUGGGACUCACAAACUCAGACCCUUCUGAAUGCGCCAAAUAAGAACCUGGAAUAGUUGUCUUGUCUCACCUUACCUGAUCAGGCCUUUUUGCUCAUCUCAUUUGGGAGGCACCCACACACCUACCUCACUUUUCAUCUCACAUUUGAAAUCCUUCAUUCAUUUGGACCCUCAUCAGACUUUCAUCGGCACAUACACACGGAAGAUGAACUUUUUUGCGGUUGGGACGAAAGGAUUAUUAUUUUUUGUUUCAUAUUCUUGUCAUCCCUUCCAGGCGGCUCUGUUGAUGGUUGGAGGGGCAUAAUAACAGCUGCGGCAUAAAAUCGAUCCAGGCACCUUGCAUACUAUUUCAACAAAGGCAACCAUGGCAGACAGCCAACCGCUGCUGGGUAACAGGGCUCAUGACUACGGCUCAACCACGGCUGGUGAAGAUGGGAUUAUUGAGAGGAUACCGACACCGUUAGGUGCAGAGGAGGAGGAGGAGGGGGGGGAGGAUAUACAAGAUGGUGUACUGCGCAUCGAGGCGGUUUCUCGGUUAUGGACGAAAAGGGGGUUGAUGAUUGCUUACUUGGGCAUAUUCUUCAUGGCCUUUACCACGUCGCUUGAAGGUCAAGUGACGUACUCCCUUUCCGCAUUCGCCGUCAGUUCGUUCAACAAGCACUCGUUGCUGUCGACGGUUUAUGUGGUCCAAGGGGUGGUUAAUGCUGUCAUCAAACCCCCUAUGGCCAAGAUAGCCGACGUCUUUGGCCGACUAGAGGCCUUCUCCAUAUGCAUCGUCCUGUGUGUUCUGGGAUACAUCCUCAUGGCCGCCUCGCGAAACGUCGAAACGUAUGCCUCGGCGCAGAUAUUUUACGCGGCCGGCUUCACCGGAUUGCAGAUCCUGCAGCAGGUCUUCAUCGCCGACACGAGCGAUUUCCUUAACCGCGCCCUGUUUUCGAGUCUGCCGGACAGCCCGUUUCUGGUAACCGUCUGGAUAGGACCAGCCAUCGCCGCGCUGUUCCUCGCAAAGAGCACAUGGCGCUGGGGAUACGCCGUCUGGACCAUCAUUCUCCCGCUGGCCUUUUUGCCCCUCGGGCUGAGCCUGCUCAUCAACGGCCGCAAGGCAGAGAAGCUGGGCUUGGUACCAAAGCGACGCGCCAUGAGCACCUCCUCCUCGGCCGACAACAAAAAGCCCUCACUUUCAACAUCAGCCAGAAACCUCUUCCAAGAACUCGACGGCAUCGGCAUCCUCCUCUUCUCCCUCGGCCUCUCCCUCAUCCUCAUCCCCCUAACCCUCGUCUCCCGCUCCAAAACCGGCUGGCACGACCCCCACAUCAUCCUCAUGAUCCUCAGCGGCAUCCUUCUCCUAGUCCUCUUCCCCCUCUGGGAAUCCCGCGCUCCUCACCCCCUCUUGCCACUAGAACUCCUCAAGUCCCGCACCUUCGUCGCCGGGUGUCUACUUGGCUUUUUUUAUUUUGCCGUCUUUUACAUCGCCGUCCAACCUUACUUUUACUCUUACCUCCUCGUGGCCCUCAACCUCCCCGUCACCAGCGCAGGGCCCAUAACCCAAACCUUUUCCUUCGCCUCCACCAUCGCCGCCAUCGCCGCGAGUCUAGUCAUCAAGCGCCUAGGCGGUGAACCCCGCCCAAAACCCUGGAUCGUCUUCGGCGCAACAAUCUACACCCUCGCCAUCCUGCUGCUGCUCCACACCCGCAAGCGCGGCGUUUCCGAACCGGUCCUCUACACAGCGCAGAUGUUCCUCGGCGCCGGAGCGGGGUUGAUGCACGUGGCUACUCAGCUCGUCGUCCAGGCGGCUGCGUCUUCGAGCUCCAACCUCAAGGGGAGGAACCGGCAUCAGCACGUCGGGGUGGCGACCGCGGCGUUUUUGACGCUGGUGCAAGUCGGGAGCGCGGUGGGGAGCGCGGUGAGCGGGGCGAUUUGGGGGAGGUUGAUACCGGGGAAGCUGAGGGAGUAUCUCCCUGAGGAUGCGAAGGGGGAGGCGGGCAAGAUUUAUGGGAGCGUGAGGGAGGCGGUGUCGUAUCCGUGGGGGAGUCCGGAACGGGAGGCGAUUGCGAGGAGCUAUCAGGAGACUGUGGAGGUGCUGCUUUGGGUGGCGCUGGGGGGGAAGGGGGUGGUGGGGGUUGUUGCUGUGGGGUGGGAAGAGGAGGGAUUAAAAGGGAAGAAGAUAUGGUUUGGUUGUUUUUGA